UUUGAGGCAACUCGCUCCAAUUUGAUGAAUCGUGUUCCUCCUCCCUCUUUGGAUGUGUGCUUUGGGGAAUUACUUCGUGAAGAGCAGCGUCUUGUAACACAAGCUACUUUUCAGCAGAACCGCAUGACCUCUAAUGACGUCGCUUAUGCAGCUCACGGGAAAGGCAAGGGUCGGGAUAUGCGGAAGGUCCAAUGCUUCAGCUGCAAGGAAUAUGGGCAUAUUGCUGCUCACUGUGCCAAGAAAUCUUGCAAUUAUUGCAAGAAGCCGGGACAUAUUAUCAAAGACUGUCCGACUCGUCCCCAGAAUCGCCAAACUAAUGCCUAUCAAGCUGCGGUGGGUACUUCUGCUUCCGCUAAUUCCUCUACAGCUGGUGAUCCCUUUGUUCUUACUCCUGAAAUUGUUCAACAAAUGAUUAUUUCAGCCUUUUCAGCCUUAGGGCUUCAAGGAUCAGGUAUCGGGGAAGAUACUCGCGAAGGGGCCUAAAGUUAGACAAUUGUUUCCUCUACAUUUUUCCAUUCCUUCUUGCAUUUCUUUGGCUUGUACUACUGUAAACAAUAAGGGUAAAGUAUG